GCAAAUCAGUGCGAGUGAUUGUGAAUUAUGGCCUCAAUUCCGCUGCCGCGAGUCCUUCAGCCGCGGAAAUCGCCCGCCGAGGUGGAGCAGGAGCAGUUUCUCAAGUGCCUGGUUGCCUGAAAGAGGGAUUAAAGUGCAUGAAAUAGGCAAAUAUUGUGACUCUAAUCCACUUUUCUUUGCACUCUUGCCUCUCUUAUGUGCUUUACUAACCAAGAAAAACACUGUUGAGUAGAAGAAAAACCCUGCAAUUAUGUCAUAUUCUGACAAAGCCUUUUAUCAAUUGACGAUCAGCAUUAGCAAGGCUCUGAGCUCGGCUGAAUUUCCGCUGAAAGUGAAGCACGCCAGAGCGGCGAUCAUCGGGACAUUCCACAGCGGUGGCGCUCAUUCGUUCUGGGCCAUCGCCGUGCGUCAGCCACUGCAAGAGAAUCGCAUCACAGCAUGGAAGUUCUGCCAUCUGCUGCACAAAGUCCUGCGCGAGGGACAUCCGCUCGCCUGUCAGCACUCCAUGCGACAGCGCGGGAUGCUGACGGAGCUGGGAAAGCUGUGGGGACACCUGAAGGAUGGCUAUGGAGCGUGCAUUAAGCAGUACACGAAGCUUCUGGUGACCAAAUUGGAGUUUCACGACAGGAAUCCCAGAUUUCCGGGCAGCAUGUCGCUGAAGAAGGGUGAAUUGGAGCAAAUUGGAGGCAAUGACAUCAAUUACUAUUUUCACUUGGCCGUGGAGAUGUUUGACUAUUUGGAUGAGAUUAUCGCACUUCAGGACACAAUCUUCAAGAGUCUGACAAUGUUUCACGUGAACUCGAUGACACCGGCUGGUCAGUGUCGUGUGGCGCCUCUCAUUCCCUGUAUCCAGGACUCGAGUCCUCUGUACGACUUUCUGGUGCGCAUAAUGUUCAAACUGCACUCAAAUCUGCCCAGUGAACUGCUAAUUGGCCAUCGCGAGCGCUUCCGCACGGCCUUUGGACAGCUGUCCAAGUUCUACGAGGAGUCUCGCAGUCUGCAGUACUUUGUCAGUCUCAUCACAGUGCCUCAAUUGCCGGCCAAUGCGCCCAAUUUCUCCUCCCAAGUGGACUUUGGCGAGUAUCAAGCGCCAGUCGUGGUGAUUCCCGAGCAAGAAGCGGAACCCGAAGUGGAUGAAUUUGUGGACAAUCUCGUGGACAUGUCGAUGCAACAGCAGCAGCAGCAGCAGCACGUCCCGGUGCAGCCUCCGCCUCAGCCGUCGGUGGACUUUGAGAAAUUGAUCAUUGAGCGGGACGAUUUGAUCAGGCAUUUGCAGAUGGAAGUGGACAGAUUAGGGAGAUCCGUGAAGAGUGGUUCGGUGGAGAAUCGAGAGCUGCAGACACGCUUCGAGGAGCAAAUGGCUUCGAUGCACUCUGAAUUGUCACAGGUUCAAGAGGAGAUGGAAUUGCUGAAAAUGCAGAAGGAGGAAUUGGAAUUGGCCGCACAAAGUGCACCGACAUUAGAGCAAAAAGCCAUCGCCGAGGAAGAACGUGCAAAAGCCAGUGAGGAGAAAUUCCACAAACUGAAGUCAAUGUACUCACAAAUUAGGGAUGAACAUGUGAAGCUCCUGAGAACGCAUGGCGAAGUGAGUAAGCAACUUGUGUCAUCAACAAAAAUUGUCUCUGAGAUGACGAAAGAGAAGGAAGAUCUUCGGUGUCAGCUUGAGGAUUUUCAGCAUCAGCAGGCAAAAGUGGAGGAAAAUCUGCAGCAGAGUUCGAGUGAGGCUCGUCGGGAGAAUGAGGAAAUGCAAGUGAAACUGAAGGAGAUUCAGGAGAAGUUUGAAGAUUUAGAGGCCAAUAAGUCAGCUGAGAUUGCAGAAUUGCGGAUAAAGUGUGACAAUUUGAGUAGAGAAAUCGACGAGGCGAAGAAUGCAAAUGAAGAGUUGAGUGCCACAAGAGACUCCUUGGUCAGCGAUAGAGAGUCUCUGGCCACAGAAGUGGAGAGCCUCAAGGAGGCGCAUAAUGGUGAGGUUACUGGUUUGAGAGAGGAGAUCGCAGUGCUGCAGAGUCGAGUUGAGCGGAAUUCCAAAGAGAGUGGCGAAGUGCAGGAGGAUCUUGAGAGACAAGUGAAGAGUCUGCAGGACGAGAGGCAGGAUCUUGAGGCCAAAUUGAGUGAAUUGAAGGUGGAGAAGGAGACGGAAGUGGAGGUGCUAAACUGUAAAUAUGAGGAGGAAGUGAAGAAGGCCGAAGAGGUGAAAAGCGAAUUGGAAGGGAAGAUUCAAAUGGUUGAGGAGGAGCGAGAAGCGCUUAAAAGUGAAAAGAGUGACCUUUGUCAGCAAUUGGAAGCACUUCAAGAGGAUUUACGAGCGAAAUCCGAUGAGAUGCAGCAACUUCAGGUCAGCUUGGAAGAUCAAUUGAGUGAAGCGAGGGCAGAAGUUGAUGGUUUGAGGGGUAAUCUUGAGGAGAUGAAGGCAAAACAUGAGAUCCUCGUGCAGAACUAUGAUCGUCUGGCGGUGGACAAGAGCGAUAUUGAGUGUGAAUUGCAAGAUUUACUUCAUCAACAGACAGAAUUGGAGGAGAAGCACACGGCGACGCUGCAAACGGUGGGAAAUCUCGAGGCGGCUCUCAAGGACGCCCAGAUCCAUGGUGAGGUGGUCGUGAGGGCGCUCCUGGAGGCGUGCAUCAAAUCGUCGGAGAGUCUGGCCACGAGAACGAUGACGGAGGAGGAAUUCGGCGGCGGAGCGGCGGGAAGUCCAGCGUACUUUGGCCUCAUGGCUGAGGAAUUGACGGAUGUGCUGACAAAGCUGGGAAUCAGCCAUCAGCAAUACGUGGCGGACAAUGCGAGCGUGGAGCCUUUCGCCAGGAAGAUCAUCAUGGCUGGACAUCUGAUGGCCACAGUGCAGAUUCAGGGCGUGAUUGUGUGCAAUUCCACGUCAGACAUCGAAUGUGGAGAACAAAUCGCCGAAGACCUCAGGGAGUGGUACAACAAGCAUCACUUGCGUCUCUUUGAGAGUCUCCUGGCCACGGGCAGCACAGACGGCGCGACGGCGUGCCUGGAGGAGGUGAAGACUCAUCUGCAGACCAUUGCGGAGCGCAUUGGCGCGCUGAGCAAGAAGCUGGAUCCCACAGAGAACAUCGGCGACAUGUUCGAGACGGAGCUGGCGAGCAUGGACAAGGCGAUCGAGGAGGCGGCGCAGCGGAUUGAGGACAUGCUGUCGGAGUCGCGCGCCUCGGACUCGGGCGUGAAGCUGGAGGUGAACGAGAAGAUCCUGGACGCCUGCACAACGUUGAUGAGGGCCAUUCGCGUGCUGGUGCAAAAGUCGCGACUGGUGCAGGGCGAGAUCGUGGCCGUGGGCAAGGGCACGGCGUCGGCCAAGGAGUUCUACAAGCGCAACCACCAGUGGACGGAGGGACUGAUCUCGGCGGCCAAAGCGGUGGCACAGGGCGCGAACUUCCUCGUCACGGCGGCCAACAAGGCGGUGUCCGGCGACGCAAAGCAUCAGCUGGAUCUGGUGGUGGCCGCGCAGGAGAUUGCGGCGUCCACUACGCAGCUCGUGGUGGCGAGUCGCGUGAAGGCGCCGCGCGGCAGCAGCAACCUGGCGGCGCUGGGCAGCGCCUCGAAGGGCGUCACGCAGUCCACGGCGGCCGUGGUGGCCACGGCGAAGGACUGCACGAAGCGCCUGGAGGACUCGCAGGACCUGGACCUGGAGAACCUCACGGUGCACCAGGCGAAGCGCAUGGAGAUGGAGCUGAAGGUGCGCGUGCUGGAGCUGGAGCAGUCGCUGCAGUCGGAGAGACUGAUGCUGGCGGCGUUCAGGAGGAAAAACUACCAGUCCGGCGAGGAUGGGAAGGAGUAGAGAGAUUCCAGAAGCGUACAGAUGAGCAUCACAAUUCCUCAGCAUCAUCACUCCUUUUGUACCGACUUUUCUAUUGAUUGAUUAAUUGUAUCUCUGUGACAAAUUAUACAAUUUCGCGUUUUUUGUAUCUUCUGACAAAUUUGCAAGAUUGUCGAUUAGAUUUAGGCUUAGGAGAGAGUUUAAUAAAUUGCGGGGCUUCAUUACCCGUGGAAUUAUC